CGCACUGCAGGUGUUGGUUGUACUUGAGCGAACUCUGGGGCGACGGCGACGGCGACGGUGACGGAAACCUUGUUGUCUCCAGCAUACAGCCCCGUUGCCGUUGUAAAUAUGAGCGAGUCUGAGCCAAGCCAGGCUCUGUAUUACUGUCAUGAGUGUCAAGAUGAGUGGAACGCACAAGAAACGGAUGUCGGAAUGCCAUGUCCAAGGUGCGGCUCAGUGAUCGAUCAAGGCGCAGAUCCUCGUGAUCUACUACACGAUGAUGGAGACGACUUUGAGGACGAUGAUGAAUACGACGACGAUGAAGAUGUUGACGGACUUGGCUUUAAUGUUGCUGGGCCUGGAGGCAUGCCGCCCUUCAUGUUUGGGAAUAUCGCUGGCAAUAAUACCGAUCAUGGACCGAAUCGUGAAAUGAUGGGAAUGUUGCAAGGUUUGUUGCAGCAGUUCAUCGGCGGCCGACAGCCUCCUCCGAGGGCUGACUCAAAUGAAAAUGGACAUACUACCUCUGUAGAUAUGCCAGCGCAGCCUCAACAGGCCGCUGGCGCAAAUGUGCAGUUUACUUUUGGCAGUAUGGCGGCCGGGUUGGGUGUGGCGGGUACUGGACGUGGUGACAGACAAGAAAAUGGCUCCGGGCAUGUCCCCGUGACGGACUUGUCGACCUUCCUACAGCAGGCCUUUGGUGCUCUUGCGGGAGGGCCCGCGGACGGGGGUUUUGCCUUUGGUGGUGGAAAUGGUCAAGCAGGAGGAGGUCUGGGAAGAAAUCUGGGAGACUACGUUUUUUCUAACCGUGGUUUCGAUGAAGUGGUUUCCCGCUUGAUGGAGCAGCAUCAGGGUUCCGACGCUCCGCCUCCAACGCCGGAAUAUGUUAUCAAUGCAAUCCCUGCGUUUUUAGUGGACGAGAAUAUCGCCAAAUCAGAAUGGGAUUGUGCCGUUUGCAAGGACGAUUGGCAAAUUGGAGAAACCGCUCUACGACUGCCUUGCAGUCACUGCUUUCACGACCAGUGCAUAAAGCCAUGGCUUAAGGUGAACAGUACUUGUCCCGUAUGUCGUUCCUCCGUGCUCGGGUCGGGUACCGCGCAAAGAUCUGCCGAACAGGCAGGGGGAUCAAGUGUGGAAGGUGUUACAGUUGCUACACAAGCUUCUUCGAGCACAUCACACCAGAUGCCAGGCUCUUAUCCUGCUAGUGCAUCAGCCCCUGAUAUAUUGGAACAAGACGAUCUAGACUGAUGAUUGUCUUCUGUAUAACACGGGCGCUGGUUGAAGCAUAUGGAGUAGGUGUUAUUGAUUAAAGCCCUCGGCUACGGAGGGAAGCAUUCGAAUUAAAUACAUCCUCGCCAAUGCAUUGAAAGACGAGAGCAAUUGUACUCAAGUUCAAGCCUUAGAUGUCGUCAAAAUGAUACCGAU